UAAUGGCUUUCUCCAUCUGGGUCUCUCCAAAACCUUCAUUUCUCCAAAACCCAAAUCCCCUUUUCCCUCAAAUCUCACGCCAAACUCGUCAUUCCCAAUCUUCCAGAACCCAAUCAAUCCAAUGUGGUCUACGUGAGCUCCGGGAGCGAAUUGACUCCAUCAAAAGCACCCAGAAAAUCACAGAAGCCAUGAAGCUUGUAGCAGUUGCCAGAGUCCGAAGAGCCCAAGACGCAGUCAUCAAUGGCAGACCAUUUUCAGAGACCCUUGUGGAGGUUCUAUACGACAUCAAUGGGCAGCUUCAAGGUGAAGAUAUUGAUAUACCUUUGACGAAUGUGAGAGCUGUGAAGAGAGUAGCCAUUGUUGUUAUUAGCAGUGAUAGAGGUCUGUGUGGUGGUUUCAACAAUGCAUUGACUAAGAAAGCGCAGACCCGAAUUGGGGAGCUGAAGAAGCUUGGAUUGGAGGUGGUAUUGAUCAGUGUUGGGAAGAAGGGUAACUCUUAUUUUAUGCGUAGGCCGGAGAUUAAGGUGGAUAGGUUGAUGGAAGGAGGGACGUUUCCGACUGCCAAAGAGGCUCAGGUGAUUGCUGAUGAUGUGUUUUCGCUUUUUGUUAGUGAGGAGGUUGAUAAAGUUGAGCUUGUGUACACUAAAUUCGUGUCGUUAGUGAAGUCCGAGCCGGUGAUUCAGACAUUGCUGCCAUUGUCACCUAGGGAUGAGGUUGUUGAUGUGAAUGGGAAUUGUGUUGAUGCAAUUGGGGAUGAGAUGUUUAGGCUGACUAGUAAAGAAGGGAAGUUGGCUUUGGAGAGGGGGAGUGUGAAGAAGAAAGAGAGGAAGGAAAUGUCGCCCCUUAUGGAAUUUGAGCAGGACCCUGUUCAGAUUCUUGAUGCCAUGAUGCCUCUCUAUUUGAACAGUCAGAUUCUGAGGGCAUUGCAGGAGUCAGCAGCUAGUGAGCUCGCUGCGAGAAUGAAUGCUAUGAGUAAUGCCACGGAUAAUGCAGAUGAGUUGAAGAAGACCCUUUCGAGAUCUUAUAAUCGAGCUAGGCAGGCAAAGAUUACUGGGGAGUUGUUGGAGAUUGUUGCUGGAGCUGAGGCACUAAGAGAGUCUGAGUAAUCUCUGGAUCUUCCUUUUCUUCUAUAUUGUUAUUUUUGUGCCGUAUACUUCAUGGUAAUAGUUUUGUGACUCGCUCACUUUGUCAACAUGCUUAUCUACAGAGUUUCUUAAUUGUAAUCUUUCCUGAGUUCCCAUUUUGAGAAAU